UUUUUUCCAUGGUUUAAGCGGCUCAAAACUUGAACUGGUGACUCAACCUCCUGAACAAAUACCGGUACUGGAAUUUGGUCUUAAAUUGCGUCUUUAAACACAUUUGUUGAAGAAAGUGGAAAUAACUGUUAGGUGCAUAAUAGAUAACUAUUGCUGAAAAUGGCGACGGAGCGAUAUGACAUCGUAGUUUUUGGAGCCAGUGGGUUCACUGGUCAGUUCGUUGUGGAGGAGGUAGCAAAGGUAGCCCCUGGGCAGAACCUGACGUGGGCGGUGUCCGGGCGAUCCAUGGAGAAGAUACAAAAGGUCCUCGACAAGGCCUCCAAAAGGACAGGAGUUGAGUUAGAGUCUACCCCUAUCAUAAUAGCUGACACAUCAAAUGAGGAAUCUCUUCUACAGAUGGCUAAGCAGGCCAGACUGGUCCUGAACUGUGUUGGCCCAUAUCGUUUUUAUGGAGAACAAGUGGUUAAAGCCUGUGUGGAGGGUGGAGCACAUCACCUGGACAUAAGUGGUGAACCUGCAUACAUAGAAAAGAUGCAGUUGAAGUAUAAUGGAGAAGCACAGAAGAGUGGUGUUUUUGUCAUCAGUGCUUGUGGUUUUGAUAGCAUCCCUGCUGUUAUUAUAAUCAUAGAUGGUUUUGUUUUUUGGCAUUCAGAAGAGUGGUGUGUUUGUUUGCCUGAAAGGAAAAAAUUUGAAGGUCAAAUCAAUGCCGUAGAGAGUUACCUAGAGAUACAUUCUGGUCCUCAUGGGAUGGCAGUGAACAAUGGAACCCUGGAGUCGGCCAUUUAUGGAUUUCUUCAUGAAGGAGAACUGAAGUCAAUCAGAAAGUCCUUGUUUCCAGAACCACUUCCUCCUGCCAAAUAUAAACUCCCUAAACGAGGGAUGUUAUUCACGAAUGACAUUAACAAGAAAUGGACCGCCCCCUUCCUAGGGAGUGACAAGUCUGUAGUUUAUAGAUCACAACGGUUUAACUUUGCUGAGAGGAAAGAAAAACCUAUUCAAUACCAGCCCUAUAUCUGCUACAACAGUCUGUUUACCGUGUUUGGAUUGUUAUGGUUUGGACUCUUGUUUUUUGUCAUGAGUAAAUUUAGUUUUACCAGGAAACUCUUCCUACGAUAUUCUUCAUUUUUUACUGGUGGAUUAUUUAAACCUGAAGGACCUUCCUUGAAGCAGAUUGAGACCUGUAGUUUCUCCAUGACAUUCGUCUCCAAAGGCUGGAAGAACAAGACAGACGAAGAUCCACAGUCGCCGCCCGACACGGUGAAAAUCACCAAGGUUACAGGUCCAGAGGUUGGGUAUGUGACAACUCCUAUCUGUAUGGUACAAGCUGCUGUCGUAGUGUUGAAGGAGACAGAUAAACUCCCAGGAAAUGUAAUGUCCAGGAGAUCUCGGAUCCACCCCUUGCCCUGGCGCGAGGUCCAGUUCUACCGUGGGGUACACAUAAGUGUUGUUGUAUAUAUCACCUGGCUGGUCUACAGAGCAUCUAGAGAAUACGAUGGAGCUCUGAAUAUUUACGCCUUUGAGCCAGGGUGGAAGUGGAUUGGAGCUGACAAAGAUGUGUCUAACUAUGAGUGGCAUUACUUUUACAACUGGUUCUGGGUGGUCUUGCCUUUUUAUGUCGGUCAUGUGGCAUUAUCAAAAAUCAUAGAAUGGAACUUUAUAGAGAUGAGAAGAUGGGUGGAUCUAACCUACUCGUGUGGUGUUCUCCUGUAUCUGAUGGGAUGGAGGACCAUUGUUUUGUUUACAUGUCAUUGUUUGUUCAUGUUUUUCAUCUCCUUCUCCCAAUCAUUCUCAGUUGUAUGGAUUACCUCCCUUGCCCUCCUCAUGACACUUAAUGUGGACUACACUUACUCCCUUAUGCGUGACUGGUGUUGUCAGGAGAGGGAUGGGGAGUUUUAUCUGAUGGUGUACACUCUGGCUCUCACUCACCUCCGCUACACCAGCUUCUGUCUGGAAAAAUGUCUCCAUGACAACAAAGGUCAGGCAGAAUCCAGUAAAGGUCAAGAUCAUUCAAAUUCUUACAGCAGUGGAUCACAGAAUGAAGGACCCAACCCCUCUGUCGACAUCGGGACCCCAAGAGUCUGUGGGGAGGGGUUUAUAGAUAUGAUGUUUUAUGUGUUCUACCUGCCACUCUUUUUCACGGGACCACUGUUGACUUUCAACUCUUUUAAAAAACAGGUGAACAAUUUCUACAAGUCAGAUUCCAGCAGUCUGCCUUAUUUAUUUCUGAACGUAUUGAGAUUCCUUUUCUGGGGAGCAGUAAAUGAAUUCCUCCUUCACUUUCUGUAUUUCAAUGCCAUUCAGCAGAACAAUGCCCUGAUGAACCGCUUGGACCUCUGGACCCUGGCUGGAGUCGGCUACUGGAACGGCCAGUUCUUCAUGAAUAAGUACACAGUUCUGUACGGAGUGCCGGCCAGUGUGGCUCGCCUGGAAAAGCUGGAUCCUCCCCCCGGUCCUAGAUGUGUGGCCUACAUCUACACCUACUCUGAAAUGUGGAAAUACUUUGACAGAGGAAUGUACAGUUUUAUAAAAAGAUACAUUUUCUUCCCUCUGGGUGGAUCUGAGAGUGGUGUAGUGCGUAAGACAUUGGCUUCUGUGGCCUGUUUUGUAUUUGUUUAUGUGUGGCAUGGCUCCGAGUAUUAUGUGUUUUUGUGGACGCUUUUUAAUUUCCUUGGUGUGAUUGUGGAGAGAAUUGCCCAGGGAGUUCUGGAAAUUCCAUCUGUGAUAAAUGUUCAGAGAAGGUAUCUAACAAAGGAGUGGAUCCGGCGAUUGUACGGAUUCCUGAGCGUUCCGCUGUUUCUGAUGUCAGCCAUCACUGCCUUCUGUUUCUUUGGUGGAAGCUCAGUGGGUCACAUAUUCUACAGCAGGUAUAUUUCAUCAGGGAAUUUCCAGGCCUUAGCAACUGUUUACGCAAUCUUAUAUUGCUGUGUGCAGUCUAGCAUGGAAAUAAAGCGCAACUCACAUGCCAAGGACUGUUCAAAGGAAAGCUGAAAUUAGGUACUUUUUCCUUGGAAGCUGUGUGGAGCUGAAAUUUGUCUCAUAAAGCAAACAGCAAAGAAAACAUUGGACCAAAAGAAGAAAAAAAAACAUUUUAAAAAGAAAAAAACUAACUUGCGGGAACAAAGAUCAGAUGAAUCUUUGACUAGUGACUAGGGUAAUCUGCCGUCAUUUCCACACCCUCAUCAAAGUCUAUUGUAGACAACGAUGAUAUUGUUUUUAUCAGAAUUCUAUUGACUUUAUCUCUCUUCAGAGACAUAAUUACAAUAUUUAACAAUGGUCGCCUUUAUUAAUGGAAGCUAAUUAUCGGAUCUUGAAACAGAAAUAUAUGUCAGCUUCAUCUAGAUGAAUGAGAAAUCAGUUUCAUUAUGAUCACUGCUUUAUCACAAAAGAUAGGAUGGUUAUUACAAACUCAUCAGUGACAUGGAUUCAGGAAGCACACAGUCUCACAUGACCUGGAAAAUGGACACUAGUCGACAACAGAUUAAUUUACCCUGUUUUUGAAUUUCUUGCCAAAUACUCACAUUAGGUAUCAUCUGAAUUGUAAAGCGUCCAAUUUUCAUACCUAUAUCUAUGAUCCGUAUACAUGUAUAAAGUCUCAGUAAACAUAUAAAAAUAGCUAGUUAUGUCUGUGGUAUUAUAACAAGAUACAGCAUCUGUCCAUAAAAUUGAAAAAUUCCAAGAAGGUUAAAACUUUUGAGAUAUCCAUGAAAAUUGGCCAUCGUGUGGUAUCAUGUACAGUACUCUCUGAAUGUAGUGAUUUUGGUCAUGGGAUACUAAAUAUUUUCUAAUUUGUUCACAGCUUAUUGCUAGAAAGAACAGUAAAAAAUAAUUUUUUUUUUCUUGAUUAAAUGCUGUAAAUCAUCUUUUUUUUUUAAAGAGAAAAUGGUUUUGAAGUACACAAGAAAAUCUUAUAUUCAUUUUCACAUGUUUCUAUUAUUAAAGAUUUUAUUAAAUACAAUAAUGACCUUAUAUAACAGCAACCAAAAUUAUUAUAAGUUUUCUCACAUAUUUACCAAAUAAGAAUGAUACGAAGGUAGGAUAAAAUUCAAUAUGAUCCAUAGAAUAAUGUAGAAUUUAAUGAAAUUUUACUGCUUUCUGUGAAUCACUAUAAGUAACAUUUAUUCAGGUUUAGGUUAGAAAGGAAAACAAACUCUGUAACAAAUAUGGUUAUUUUUUUCAUUUAUUGAAUUAAAAAUAAAAAAAAAUGUAUUAACAACAAACUGAUGGUAAUGUUCAUUUCAUAGGAAUGUCUUUUUAAUCACAUGACUACAACAGCCAAUGAAAAGGUUUUAGAGGGCUGAUAUAAAAACAGUAACAAGAUAUCACAUUUUAUUGGUUAACAAAGAGGUACUAUUGCAGUAAAACAGUACAGGAAAUUUGAAGGAGAAAAAAUACAGAGGGCAAUAAAACAUUGACAUGGUUUAUUGGAAAAAAUAUAUUUCUGACUAGAAACUGAACUUUAUGUUUAUAAGCAAUUUGUAACAUUCACAUUUAUCUACAGUAGACCAGUGUGCAAGAAUUUUUUUUAACUUUGUUAUUUAAGUAAAGUGGAAUGUACAGAGACUUAUGUGUACUAGUAUUUAUUAACGUUCAGUUAAAGGGUGAGAUUGAAAUAUGUUAAGCUUAGCCAUUAAAAUACAGUGGAAUGUAGUCAGAGAAAUUUGGGUUUCUACAUCAUUUUACUUAAUUGAUGAGAUAAAUGUGUGACUUUGUCAUUUAAAAAUAAAUUGAAUAUGUUAAGAAAUAUGUAUGAAAUGUCAUUUAGUACAGUAAAACAAUUACAAAUAUGUGUAACUUGUCAUUUCAUUUCAGAUAUAUGUGUUGAAAGGUCAUUUAAAUACAGAUGAACGAUGAGAAAUUUGUGUGAAUUAUGUUAUUUUGUUAGUAAGAAACAUUGGUAACUUUGUCCUUUUUUGGUGAUUAUAUAGUUAUGUGUUGGGAGAAAAGUACAGAAAAAUGGUGUGAAAUAUGUGUAACUUGUCAAAGUACAGAAGAACAAUGAGAGAUAUGUGUAAUUGUCAUUGAUGGUAAGAAAUAUGCGUAACCAUAAAUGUUUUGGUGAGAAACAUGUGUAACUAUUCAUUCAAGUACAGAAGAAUAAUGAGAAAUAUGUGCAACUAUAUCAAUUAAUUAAUUGGCGAGAAAUAUAUGUAACUUUGUCAUUUAUGUGUAA